AUGGCAAAUUCUCUCCAUCGUCUAAAUUCAUUAUCAAGUCAUGAUAAUUUUAAAUUAUCUUGUGAUAUUAUACAUUCAAAAUUGGUUUCUCCAGAAAAAUCUUUCAUUGAUUCAAUUCUUUCUUACAAUAAUUUUGAGCAACCAGAAAUUAUUUUACCGAAUGGACAACAAUUUUGUUGGUAUUUUGCUAUUGGUAGUAUGACAAAUCCAAUAUCUUUAUAUCUUCGUGGUAUCACAUCGAUCACAUCGUAUCCAGCAAAAUGUUUAGAUUAUAAAAUUGUCUUUCGAGGCCAUGCUGGAAUAGCUGAUAUAGAAAUAUGUCCUGGUGCAGAAUUUGAUGGAGUUGUUCAUCUAGUUCCUAGUGAACAAAUGACGCAUUUAGAUCAAAUUGAAUGUUUUUAUCAUCGAAUUAUGAUUAAAUGUAUUGACUAUCAAGAUCAAUCUCAUAUUGCUUAUGCCUAUCAAAUAAAAGUCAAUAAUCAACCGAUUAGUCUUCCACGUGAACGUUAUUUGGAUGUUAUAAUAAAAGGUUGUGAAUAUUAUAAAGUAAGACCAGAAUAUAUAAAUCGAUUAAUAAAUGAACAAUCAGUUAUACCUCGAAAAAAACCAGAAAACUUUCAAUUAUUUACCGAUUUUCCAUCUGAUGUUUAUUAUUCUAUAGAAGCUCUACAAAAACAUGAUGGUCGUGAUCCUUCGCUUCCAUUAUGGAUUUGUAUAAAUGGAAAAAUCUUAGAAUAUACUGGAUUACCACCUAAUGAUCAUCCUGAUUAUGAUUUUCAACGAAGUUAUUAUACUUUCUUAGAAUCAAAACUUGGUGGACGAGAAGUAACUAAUAUAAUUGCUAAAACAUUAUAUGAACCAUUAUAUAAAUUACCAUUGAACGAUGAAGAUAUAUGUGAAGAACAUCGUGCACAAAUCGAAGAUUAUUAUUACAAUACUUUAUCGAGUUCAGAACAUCAGACCUAUUGGAAAUCAAUCGGACGUUUGCAUCCGCUAAACAAACUAUCAUAG